AUGUUGUUUAACAAUACAACACUAUACACCUCAAUCUAUUUUUAUCUAUCUAUCUAUCUAUCUAUCUAUCUAUCUAUCUAUCUAUCUAUCUCUUUCUGUCCACAUCUAUUUAUCUCAUUCUGUUCACAUCUAUCUAUCUAUCUAUCUAUCUAUCUAUCUAUCUAUCUAUCUAUCUAUCUAUCUAUCUAUCUCAUUCUGUUCAUUAACUAUCUAUCUAUCUAUCUAUCUAUCUAUCUAUCUCAUUCUAUUCAUUAUCUAUCUAUCUAUCUAUCUCUCUCUCUCUCUCUCUCUCUCUCUAUCUAUCUCAUUCUGUUCAUUAUCUAUCUAUCUAUCUAUCUAUCUAUCUAUCUAUUCUCUUCUAUCUAUCUAUCUAUCUCAUUCUGUUCAUUAUCUAUCUAUCUCAUAUCUCAUUCUGUUUCUAUCUAUCUAUCUAUCUAUCUAUCUAUCUAUCUCAUUCUGUUCAUUAUCUAUCUAUCUAUCUAUCUAUCUCAUUUUGUUAAUUAUCUAUCUGUAUCAGUCAAACAAGUUGGAUUCUCCAUUGUGAAAGUUUAUUCUUCUUCUUCUGUUGUCUCGUAA